GCCGUUGCGGUGAACAUGGUGGCUUACUUGGUGUUUGAGAUGCGGCAAUCGCUACCAAGGGCAGCCACCCAUGUCACAGAUUGGAUUGGAGCUGCCUAUGUUCUCACACUUGUUGGAGCCUUUUUAGCUGAUGCUUACUUGGGCCGCUUCAAAACCAUCAUCAUUUUCUCAUGUGUCUACGCCGUGGGAAUGGUCUUGUUGACGCUAUCCACCUCCAUAGACAGCCUACGUCCACCGCCAUGCACGACCCGGCCAUGCAACAAGGCAACCGACGGCCAAACUGCCUUCCUCUACGGCGCACUCGGCCUCAUAGCCCUCGGAACCGGCGGCAUCAAGCCGUGCGUCUCAUCCUUCGGAGCUGAUCAAUUCGAUGAGGCUGAUUCAAGAGAAGUCCAAACCAAAUACGCCUUCUUUAACUGGUUCUUCUUUGCCAUAAACAUAGGUGCGCUGUUGGGAAUUACGGUGUUGGUUUACAUACAAGAUAACAAAGGGUGGACUUGGGGUUUUGGAAUUCCAACGAUGGCCAUGAUCUGCUCCAUUGCCAUCUUAGCCGCUGGUGUUCCAUAUUAUCGUUAUCAAAAGCCCAUGGGCAGCCCUUUCACUAGGUUUAUUCAGGUGGCUGUGGCCUCAGUGAGGAACCAUUUUAAUGGGGUUGAGGUGGUUCGUGAAGCUGAUCUGUAUGAGGUUAAGACCAACCAGUCUGAUAUCUUGGGUGCCCGAAAGCUACCUCACACUACACAAUAUAGGUUUUUGGACAAAGCAGCGGUGGUGACAGACCCAGAGGGCAGCCCAAAGAGUCGUUGGAUGCUAUGCACAGUGACCCAAGUAGAAGAAUUCAAAUGCUUCAUAAGAGUCCUCCCCGUAUGGACAUCAACCAUAGCCCUCUCCAUCUCAUUCUCUCAACUCUCCACCUUCUUUGUCAGCCAAGCCAACAAAACCAACCGCCACCUCGGCCCAAACUUUGAAAUCCCCGCAGGUUCCGUCCCCGUAUUCGCCGCAAUCAACGCCCUCAUCCUCGUCCCCAUCUACGAAAAAUGGAUGGUUCCGACCAUCCGGAGACGCACGGGCCACCCACGUGGCCUCACAUCGCUACAAAGAAUGGGGGUCGGGCUCUUUGUCUCAAUCUUUGCCCUGGGCUCAGCUGCCUUGGUUGAGAAGAAACGCCGAGACCACUUAAACCCGUUGAGCAAGAUGAGUGUGUUUUGGUUGCUUCCUCAGUUCUUUCUCAUCGGCACCGCUGAGGUUUUUACGUACGUGGGACAGUUGGAGUUUUUCUACGAUGAAGCCACGGAUGGUACGAGAAGCAUAAGCAGUGCAAUGUUUUUGAGUGAGAUUGGGAUCGGGAGUUGGUUAAGCACUGCGCUUGUUAAGAUCAUAGACAGUGCGACUGGUGGAGAAGAACAAGGGUGGUUGAGGAACGACUUGAACAUGAGCAAGCUUGAUUACUUUUAUUGGAUAUUGACGGCCAUCAAUGGGGUUAAUUUCUUGGUGUAUUUGUGGGUGGCUCGGCGUUAUAAAGGUAGGCAUGGUUCACGCACCAGUGUGAGACAUGGGGACGAGAGUUGA